UGUUGGUCUUUCACAGUUGGUGACGAGUAUUAUGAAAAUGGCCUCGACCCUGCCCGCAACCACGAUUAACCGGAGAAGAUGACGGUGUUGAGGUUUUUAAGUCAGUGUAACACCAAAGUGUCUUCUUUGAACACGUAGAGAACAGUGAAGUUAACAGAAACAAAGAGACUGUCGGCGGAGAAACGACUAGAAACACCACAGACCAUCGCCUAUUUUCGUAGGGCUGAGGAGCCGCUAUGGAGGAUAUCAACUCAAAUAUCAACGCGGACUUGGAGGUGCGGAAGCUCCAGGACUUGGUGAAGAAACUCGAACAGCAAAAUGAACAGCUUCGGAGUCGGUCGACGAUGUUGUCCUCGUCCGGAGCGAUGUCAGGGAACCACAGACCCCUCAGCGACGGAUACGACUCGUCGUCUCUGACAGCGGGGAUGGCAGCCGGUCUGGCCGGCUUCCCUGGGGUGGGGUUCGUCGGAACGGGAGGCUACGGUGGGCUGUUGGAGAAUAACCGCUGUUUGAGCCCCAGACUGUCUUACGACGGAAUCAGUUUCAGGAGGGCGUAUGAUUAUGAGGGGGCAUCGGCUGCCGCCUCUCUGCCGAGUAUGAACUCACGUUAUUCAGACAUCGGGGUUUAUUCAGACGAAGGGGAAACAUCGAUCCUAGACGAAGUGGAAAUAUUAGACCUCGAAGACAUGGAUUGUCUAAACGAAGACGAGGACAGCUGGCUGUACGAGGCAAAAGUGAACAGUCCCCUGCAAAAAGCCUUGAGUCCUAUUGUGUGGUGCCGCAAAGCCCUUGACAACCCCAGUCCUGAGAUGGAAUCAGCCAAGCGCUCACUCAUCCACAGACUGGACCUCACCAUGUCAGCCAACAAGCGCAGGAGCCUGUAUGGAAGCCCCUACAACCAGCAGGGCUAUGGAAGCCCAUAUAGCACAAACGCAGCCAACAGCCCGUACAGCAGUGGCUUCAACUCCCCCUCCUCAACCCCCAGCAGAGUGCCCAUUGUCAGACAGCAACUAAUGCCCGGGAAUGCAGCACACCAGCGAAAUGCAACAGCAGAGAGGAAUCCUCCAGCUGUGAGCCCGCAGUCAUCAGUGGACAGUGAACUGAGCACCUCAGAAAUGGAUGAGGACUCAGUGGGCUCCUCAAAUACCUACAAACUCAAUGAUGUCACUGAUGUCCAGAUACUGGCACGCAUGCAGGAAGAGAGUUUGAGACAAGAUUACGCUGCAACAGCAUCAAGGCGGAGCUCAGGUUCGUCCUGCCACUCAUUGCGGCGCAGCACCUUCAGUGACCAGGAGCUGGAUGCACACAGUUUGGAGGAUGAAGAAGAGGCGGUGCACCCGGCCUUCCACCUGCCCUCCAACCGCUUCAGCCCCUCCCCUCGACACUCUCCCCGCGCCUCACCUAGGAAUUCGCCCCGCUCUCGCUCCCCUGCCCGCUCUAUCGAAUACAGCCACAGCCGUGGCUCGCCUCAGCCCAUCAUUAGCCGCCUGCAGCAGCCUCGCCACUCGCUGCAGGGCCACGGGCACGACUUGCAGACCAAUGUGGUGAAGAAUGAAGAAAAGCUGCGUCGUAGUCUUCCCAACCUCACACGCUCCUCAGCAGCGACAGCCCAGGCCCCAGAGCCCGUCAAGAACAGCCGCAGCUGUGAGUCCAACCUGCAAGUGCCAAACGGUGGCUCUCCUCGACACCAGAACCAGUCUGCUACAGCAGCUCAACUCCCGAGAUACUCGACCCCUUCUCGCUCCUCCCCGAAACCUAAACAGCACCUCCAAAGUCCUACUGCCCUGAGAGGUAACGGCCUGUUCGUAAAUCAGCUGGAGGCUGUGAAAUUGAUCUCACUCACAGUCAUUUGCACAGUUUAUGACAUAUUAAAGUUGCCUGUGUACUUAAGGCAUAGACUGCUGAUGCACAUAGAGUGUAUAUGGUGAAAAGGCUAUGUUCUAUGGAGCUGAAAUGGAUUUGAAGAAGAUGCGUUAAUGCACUAGUUGCCAGCUUUGAGACUGUGAGGUAAAUCUGUGUGCAGGUUUAGCCUCUGUUUUUGUUGCUUUCUUUGUGAGGAAAAAAGAAAGAAGUGGAGCAGGGUGGUUGUUGGCAGAGUUGAGCUUGAGUUUCUAACUCCUACGAGUAUGCCAUCAUACUAAAAGGAGUUAACGUUCACAGUUUAAAGGAGCAGUGUGGAGGAUUUAGCGGUAUCUAGUGGUGAGGAUUGCAGAAUGCAACCAAACGUGAACUUCUGGUUAGGAUUCCCUCAGUGUUCAUUGUUCAGGAGGUUUUUACUUGGAGCCAAAUUAUCCACAGAGGUGUCCUU